CCUGGAGCAGCACUAGUUGGUUCAACAGCUGUACCAACGCCGCCUCCUGACAAUAAACCAUUUUCGGGAACGCAUAUGAAGGUGAGCUUAGAUAGCAGUUUUGGAUGCAACAAAUGGGACAAGGAAUGCGCGGUGGAAUGGGUGGACCGAUGGGAGCGUCAAAUAUGUAUAUGCAGUAACACCAACAAGAAACAGCAGCAGAUGGGAAUGAUGGGACAGAUGCGACCCGGACAACAUCCGAGCGGCACCGAUGCCUGGACCUGGCGGCCGGGAAGCUGCUGGACAACCUCCUCCACCAUACCAUCAUCGGUGGGUGGUUUAUAG